AUGGCAGGAUCUGGCAGUCAACUGCCCACUGUGCUCCUUGUACUGUGUACGCUUUCUGCACUGCUCGCCACGAUUAUCAGCCUGGCUGGUAUUAAGACGCAUUUACUCAAUUACCGUAUGCCGCUGCUGCAGAGAUUUACAGUGAGGAUAUUGGUCAUGCUGCCCGUUUACGCUCUCGCGUCCCUAAUUUCACUCUUCUCGCUCGAUGCUGCGUAUUGGAUCGAUGUCGGUAGGGAUCUUUAUGAGGUGCGUCGGGCACAUUGGGAUUACAUCGGCGGUGAACGUCAGCUUAUCAUUUCUCUCCUCGGCCGCAAGCCCACCAAGCACCUUUUCCCGGUCACCUUCUUCCAGGACUCAAUGGACGUCUCUGAUCCACACAGCUUCCUCUUCCUCAAAAGAGGCAUUCUCCAAUACGCCUGGGUGAAACCUCUGCUCGCUAUCCUUACCCUCAUCCUCAAGCUUACAGACAAGUACGAUGACGGAAACAUAGCCUGGAAUGCCGGUUAUACCUAUGUCCAGCUCAUAUACAAUGUCAGUAUUUGUACUGCACUCUACUGUCUCGCCAUGUUCUGGGUGACGGUACACGACGACCUGCGCGGCUUCAGACCCAUUCCCAAGUUCAUAUGCGUGAAGGGAAUUCUUUUUGCCACUUUUUGGCAAGGUCUUCUUGUGUCCUUCCUUGUGGCGGUGGGGGCGAUUCCGAGACUCGGACCAUACACAGAUAACGAGCAUAUCUCUCUAGCUAUUGGUGAUAUGCUCAUCUGUUUCGAAAUGCCUCUGUUCGCAAUACUCCACCUAUUCGCCUUCUCAAGCGGCGACUAUGUGUCAAAAUCCGCUUAUCUCUCCUCACGACUCCCGCUGGCAUAUGCAUUCAGGGACUCGUUCGCUAUGAAGGAUGUCUUCAUCGAUUCCCUCCAGACGCUCAAGGGCGACGGGUUCGACUAUAGACAGUUCGAGCCUGUCGCAGCGAACAAGAUUCAUCAGGGCAGAGCCAUCAAUACUCGCCUCGGUGCUGGUUUGCGUUAUGCCAGCGGCGGUGCUCGGAAAUACUGGGUCGGCGGUGUGCGCAAUGGCGAUGGCGAUGGCGAUAGAGCAGGAGUGAGUGGGUUGACUAACGACCACUACAGCAGCUAUAAUUCUAUCAAUACCUCCUCGCCAGCUGCAAAUGCAAACGCAAACUUAAGUGCGAGCAGACGCAAGCGCCCAGUCGACGACCUCUCGACGUGUAGUUUCGGAGAAACUUCAGCUGAAGAGGAUAAAUUGUAUUCUGAGGCGAAGCGACUGCCAUACGGUGACUACAAUUACCCCCAUAUAGACGUAUCGCGGGAGGAGGAGAUGCGUUUGAGACGUGAUAUGGAAGAUCAGGUUCUCGCAAACAAAAGGAGCGCGGCUAGUCGACUCCUCUCGCCCAAGUCGGCGUCAUCAGCUUCCGCUCACCUCCAGCGGCCUAAGGAGAGCGUGCAGACGCGUAAGAGUCUCUCCAAUGUCCAUAAUGUCCAUAAUGAGCAGGAUCAGGAGCAUAAUGAACAUGAGCAGGAGGAUAUACCAGGCCACAGCCAUUCAUAUCAAAAUAGAUACGAAAUUGACGAUGAAGAUGACCAAGAUGAUAACAGUACGAUAUCUACAUCCACUCAAACACCACUCAAUAGUGUUUUAUAUGACUACAGAGAGCUAAAUCCGUGGAGCUGA